CAACGUGGUUGAGCGUUCCAAUUUCUCCCAUUAAUUUUAAAAGAAGUGGCCCAUCUCUGCAAAACUGCAGAGUCUAUGUUUUCGCUCAGCUGCGCAUCUGCGCAUGCGCAGCUUUCCAUUCUCUGCACUCUGGGUCUGGGAAGGGCAGCGGUAAGUCCAGCUGUCCUGACUGACCAGCUGGGAAGUGAAGCGGUAUUUUGUAGCUUUCGACCCUUCUUUAAUACUUCUCUGUUUCAAGAUGAUGCAUUUCCUGUUGCUGUUCAGUCGUCAGGGUAAGUUACGUCUGCAGAAGUGGUUCUUGCCGCUCACAGAGAGGGAAAGGAAGAAGAUUGUGAAGGACAUGACAGCAAUGGUGUUGGCACGGAAACCACGAACGUGUAACUUUCUGCAUUGGAGGGAUUUGAAGAUUGUCUAUAAGAGGUAUGCCAGUCUCUAUUUCUGUUGUGGUUUGGAGAACCAGGAUAAUGAACUUCUUGCUUUAGAGAUUCUGCACCGCUAUGUGGAGCUACUCGACAAAUACUUCGGCAAUGUGUGUGAGCUAGACAUCAUCUUUAACUUUGAGAAGGCGUAUUUCAUUCUGGAUGAGUUUCUGAUGGGUGGAGAGAUCCAGGAGACGUCCAAACAGUCAAUUGCAAAGUCUGUAGAGGCAUCAGAUAUGCUGCAAGAGACGAUGGAAGAAUACAUGAGCAAACCAGCCUUCUGACAGCAGCAGAUGUGAUGUGAGGUGUCAGCUGGGAAAGAGCUUUGCCUCCGCAGUGUAGGUUGUGUCCUUCAUUCAGGACAUGGUUUUUUUUUUUUUUUUUUUUUAUCCAUUCCACUCAAUUUUAAUAUAACUGUAUCAGGUUUCUAAAGGAAUUUUGGAAUAAUGUUUUUUCAACUUAUAGAAAUAAAUGUAAUGCUGAAUUUCAAUAAUGAUAACUCAAGAAAGCACAUACAUUUAGCUGAUAAACUUCAAGGGAUAGAUCACCCAAAAAUGUAAAUACUGUAAUAAUUUACUCACCCUCGUGUAAUUUCAAACCCAUAUGACUUUCUAUUCUCUAAAAACACAAAUGAAAAUUUGGAAAGAAUGUCAGCCUCAGUCACAUUCUGUUCUAUUGUAUAACAAUUCAGUGAAAGUGAAUGAACAUCUCCUUUUGUUAUACAGAGGAAAGUCAGAUGGGUUUGAAACCACACGAGGGUGAAUAAAUGGUGACAGAUUUCAAAGUUUUGGGUGAACUAUCCCUUUAAACGUUUUACACCAAAAUCGUUUUAUAUAAUGUUCAUACUGUAUGUUUGCAAUGACCUUGAAUCUUGGUUUUAUAAAGUGCCUUUUCAUGUUAUCGAACAUGUUGCAUGUCUCAGGAGACAGUGAUAUGAAUAAUAAUAAUAUGUAUCUGUUUUAAGUAAUAUUAACGUUGCUUUGUGAGCACACUUUGUUGAUAUUGUCUUUAUUAAAAUCGUUUUUUAAAUAUAUAUAUGAUUUAGUCUUAGUCGAGUGUUUGUCUCAAUUUCCUCUGUAAUGAGAUGCGACCGGUGCUGUCCAAUGUGCUGUAAUGCUGUUCUUUCUUCCAGAGGCUGACAUUUUCUGAAACAGUCUGUCAUCCUUUACUUGCCCUCAUGUUGUUCCAAAGCCGUAUGCCAUUUGUUUUCUUCCUUGGAACAUGAGAUGUUAGGCAGUAUGUUAGUCUCAGUCACCAUUCACUUUCAUUGCACCUUUUGUCCAUACAGAGAAAGUGAAUGAUGACUGAUGCUUUCAUUCAUCCUAAAAUCGUAUUUUCUGUUCCACGAAGGAGUCUUUAUUUUUGUGUGAACUAUCAUUUUAUCUGUCUCUUAAUAGCUCUUAUUGUGAGUCAAUGUACUUGUUUAUCUUAAAGAAGAUACCCUUGAAAUUUUUUUGAUAAAAUGAUGUGAUAAAACAAAAAUACAUUUCUUUAAUUUAAAAAUGAUGGAUACAUUUCACACUGGCAACUCUAAAACUUAAUUUUAGAAAGUAUUUACUAUGUAUAUGAUGUGUAAGAAGAUUCAUUUCAGUGCAGAUAAGCUUUAAGUUUUUAAGUUGUAAUUUGUCUAGUGCACACUUGUGUAUUGAAUUAUGCAUAGCUCUGUAUAAUAAGGCAGGACAAUACAGCAAGAGAAAAAA